GCUGCGAAGCAGACGGCAAAGCGCACGAGGCAGUGAAAAAUAAAGUAAAAACAAAAUGAAAAUCCGAGAGAAAAUGAGAAAUGCGCGCGCAUACGGUGCUCUCUCGCUCUCCAUGUGGCGCUCUCUGUGGCCACCGGUUUUUCUGCUUUGUGCGAGCUUUCGUCGAUUUUGGAGCGAAGCAGCAGCCCCAACGCGUUUGGCGACGCCAACCUGCUUACAGUUUUAGUUGGGAGCUUGCACUGUUCGGACGUUCAAAAGCCCACAAGCCACGCCCCCACCGACAAGGCACUGGCAAAACACGCGACAAGGCAGCAACAAUUGCAAAUUACUGUAAAGCCCGAUCAUCAUUCACAUUAGUUAUUGGGUGAUAAUAUCCCCAUUGCAUUCCGUUUCGUUUCAAGCCACCUAUUCUGUUCAAUUGCAUUCCAUUCCCUUACGUUACGUUACGCGAUCUGUGCGCGCCCGCGCGUUUUUUGUCGCCCGCCAACCGCGUCGAUCGUUAAAAAUUCAUUAGAGCUUAUUAAUCGCUCGAAGCCAUAGAAAUAAUCGCAAUAAUUAUAAAUUAUUGAUACUUGCGAGUGCCCGUGCCCCGUGCCCCCCUCACCCCAACAAGUGUGUGAAUUCUUUCCUCUCGCCUCUCGCUGUGCGUCAGUGUGUGCGUGUGUGUUCCGGUGCAGUCCCGUUCCCAUCCAUUCAUCCGAUCGCCGACUGCCGACCGCCGACCGCCGGUAAAUGUCCACGGAAAAGGAAACGAAACGGAUCUGAUGCAGACGUUGCCGCCGCAGUAGCCGCUCCGCUCCGCACGCCCGCCGUUGGACCCCCCGCCGCCGUCCGCAUACAAUGUCACGACGCAAACAAUCAAACCCGAAGCCGUUGAAUAAAGGUGAUUGUUCCGAUACCACAGAAGAGAUGACCGUUGACAGCAGAGAUUCCAAAGAUUUAACCGCUCAGGAGCUGGGCGAAGAGAAACAGCAACAGCUACAGCAGCAGCAGCAGCAGGAGGAUCCAAUGGAUCUUCAGGACAACAACAACAACAGCGAUGCAGAUGCAGAUGCAGAGGAUGCUGUGUCCGAACAGCCAGAAGAGACUCAGGAUUUAGGGGAAACAGAAAUGGACCACCACCACCAGGCGGAGGAGCAGGAGCAGGUGGAAGCAGACGCAGAGGCGGAGGAGGCACCGAUCAGUCCUAGUACGCCGCCGCGGAGCCCUACGCCGCCUCCAGUUCUGGUGCCAAAGCUGGAGCAGCCAGCGACUCCGCCAUCGGAAUCGCCAUCGCCCAGUCCUUCGCCCACGCCCACGCCCACCGCAACGCCCACUCCGAGGCUGCCAAAGCUCCGGCUCAAUGCGCUGCUCGCCUCGGAUCCCGCCCUCAAGCCGGACGCCAAGGAGCUGCACCUGUCGGACAAGCGUCUGCUGGCACCGCCGCCGCACAUCAAGCCCGAGCCGCAGCCCCCGCAGGCACAGCCCCCCCUACAGCCCGAUCUCGUGGAGCCGCUGCUGAAGCCGGCGCGAUUCAUGUGCCUGCCAUGCGGCAUAGCCUUUAGCUCCCCCUCGACCCUGGAGGCGCAUCAGGCGUACUAUUGCUCGCAUCGGAACAAGGACUCGGAGGAUGCGGAUGGAUCCAAUGCGGACAAGUCCGGCGGCGGGGAGAAGUCCGCCGCGGGCGGAGUCUCUGGCGGCGGCGGGGGCAGUGGGAGCAGUGGCUCCGAGCCGCCGGCUAAGGUGGCGCGCAUCGGGAAGCAGUACGCGUGCACCCAGUGCUCCUACAGUGCCGACAAGAAGGUGUCCCUCAACAGGCACAUGCGCAUGCACCAGACCUCGCCGGCCCCCAGUCUGGGCAGCCUCGGAUCCCUCGGCAGCCUGCCCAGCCUCACGGCGAACGGGGUGCCAGGAUCUGCAGGAGUAGUUGGCGGAGGCGGAGGCGGAGGCAGCAGCAGCGCCCUCGAGGAGGGCUCUAGUCAACAGCAAACCGACCGCUACUGCAGCGACUGUGAUAUCCGAUUCAACAACAUCAAGACCUACCGCGCCCACAAGCAGCACUACUGCAGCUCCCGUCGCUCCGACGGCCGUGUGACCCCCAAGGGUGGCUCCGAAGGAGCAGCAGCCGCCGCCGCCGCCCGAGAAGCAGGAGGAUCGGUUUCAGCAGGCAGCGCUUCUGCGGCAGCCGCUGCUCCUGGAAAGCUCAGUCCGCAGACGCGCAACAAGACGCCCACCCCGGCCAUGGUGGCGGCAGCGGCGGCGGCUGCAGCAGCAGCAGCAGCUGCUGCCUCGUUGCAGGCCCCCACCCCACAGCCCUUUUUGGCGCUACCCACGCACCCGAUCAUCAUAGUGCCCUGCAGCCUGAUCCGAGCGGCAAGCAUCAUUCCAGGACCACUGCCCACACCCGCUUCGGGGAUCGUCAAUCUGGAGUCCACCUGCUUCACCGUGGACAAUGGGGCCAUCAAGCCGCUGGCCACCGCUCUGAUCAGCAAUGCGCUCGCCGGGAAUAUGAAUCACUUUGUCAAUUCCCUGCACAUACCCGCCCUGGAGCCGGAUCGUCCCACAGCAGGCACUGGCUCAGCCGAUGGAGGAGGAGGAGGAGUCCUGGAGCCAAAAAGUAGCAGUCCACCAGAACCCAAGAGGAAGGAGGCUGGAGGCAGUCGUGAAUCUGCGCCUCUCGACCUUUCGUUUCGACGAUCUCCCAUCUCCAUCUUGCAGCAUCGACAGCGGCAUAUCCGAUCCGCUGCCGCAGCCGCAGCCGCUGCCCUGCUGGAUGUGGAGGAAGUGCUCCUCGGAGCGGGCAAGGAAAACGUGGAAACUGUCGGCGGAAGAGCUGGAGGCAGUGUGACGCCCGAGCAGAUCGUCUGCGCACCCUCUCUGCCCAGCAGCCCCUCGAUGAGUCCCUCGCCCAAGCGACGGGCGAGUCCCAGGAGUUCGGGGGCGGGCAGUGCCUCUUCCAUGUCGCCGCCUGGCUUGAAUCACCAUCUGCUGGACAUCCGCUCCAUGCUGCCAGCCGACUUUGGCCUGUCGGAGUCGCUCCUGGCGAAGACCAAUCCAGAGCUGGCCCUCAAGCUGGCGGCUGCCGCUGCGGCCGCUGUUGCGGCUGGAGGCAGUGCCUCCUCUUCCCUGGCGGCUGCUCAGGUUGCCUCCAAUACAGGUGGCAAUUCCGGCAGUCAGCAGCAACAGCAGCAGCCGCAGAUCUACGUGAAGCAGGGCGUCUCCAAGUGCAAGGAGUGCAACAUCGUGUUCUGCAAAUACGAGAACUAUCUGGCCCACAAGCAGCACUACUGCUCGGCACGCAACCAGGAGCCAGCCGGCGAGGGCUCCGACUCCAAGUCCGCCGUUUCGCCAUCGAAUGCCACGGCCGGCAAUGGUGGUGGUGGCGCCUCUGCCGUGGAGACCACGCCCGUGGCCUACCAGCAGCUCAUCUGUGCCGCCUGCGGCAUCAAGUACACCUCGCUGGACAACCUGCGCGCCCACCAGAACUACUACUGCCCCAAGGGAGGAGCCACGGCCGCCACUGCGUCCUCCGAGGCGCCGCUGGUGGCCAAGGAGAAGUGCGGCAAGUGCAAGACCCUGCACGACCACGGACACCCGUGCCCGGCGCCCCCCGCUGCCACGCCCCUGACGGCGCCCUCCAGCCUCCAGUCUUCGGCGGGAGCCCCCUCCGGGGUGAACAGCGUCAACAAGUGCCCCGUGUGUGGGGUCGUCAGUCCGACGGCGGCCCUGGCCCGCAAGCACAUGGAGAUGCAUGGGACGGUGAAGGCCUUCCGCUGCAGCAUCUGCCAGUACAAGGGGAACACUCUGCGCGGCAUGCGCACCCACAUCCGCACUCACUUUGACAAGAAGACGAGCGACGUCAACGAGGAGCACUACAUGACCUGCAUCUUCGAGGAGGAUAACUCCGCCCACUCCGCUGUGGCCCAGGAGAUGCCACCCACAGUAGCAGCAGCAGCAGCAGCAGCAGUACCGCAGGAGCCACCGAUGGAGCAUCCGCCGCAGUUGUUCAACUGCGAUUACUGCAACUAUGCCUCCACCUACAAGGGCAAUGUGCUGCGACACAUGAAAUUGCUGCAUCCGCAUGUUGCCAUCAAUUCGCCCUCGAUUUCCCCCGAGUCGCGUGAACAGGAGACGCUCCUUUCAAGCUCCACUCCGAAUGCGCACGAAGCGUCCAAUGGCGAGGCAGUCAUCUUCCACAUCAAAUCAGAGCCUGGACUGGACAAUCCACCGACGCUGGGACUCGUUCACGAGAACAACAACUCGCCCAUUGGCACACCACUGCCGCAUAUCAAGGCCGAGCCGAUGGACAUAGGCAUCGAUGCCAUGUCACCCACAUCGCUGGCCCUGCCACCGCCCGUCGCGUCGCCUUUGGCAGCCGCUGCAGCCGAGGCCAUGAAGAAGUACUGCUCCGUGUGCGACAUAUCCUUCAACUACGUGAAGACCUUCCUGGCCCACAAGCAGUUCUACUGCAAGAGCAAGCCCCCACGGCCCGAAGUCAACGACAGCCCCAGCCCCAAUGCCAAUCAUGUGGCCGGAGUGGGUGUGGGAGUGGGGGUGGGCAUGGGAAUGGGGGGCCAGCCGCUGCAGUCGCCCAGCGAAUUGAUGCUGAUGCAGAAGAACAAGGAGAACCUGCAGGAGGCGGCCAUUUGAGAGAGCCAGCAGAGGCAGAUGUGGGAGGCGCAGCGCAAACAGCUGGAAUGGUAUUACAAGUGCUUCUGAGCAGAAAUUCAAAUGCAUUAUUCAAAUUGAUAACCGAAUCGAAUCGAAUCCGUAACUGUAUAAUCAAUCCAUAAUCGUAAUCCGUAAAUCCGUAACUUGUAAACCGUAUCCGCAUUGACGACAGUAUUCCUGGAGAAUCUCCCUGUCGCUGCCCCCCUCCACUUCCAAUGCCACGUCAGGACUGACUCCUACGAUUUACCGAUCGAUAGAAAUAGUUAUACAUAAUACAUACCUACAUAAAUAUAACACA